ACCAAUCAUGUUUACGAAAAUGAUUCGAGAAGCCACCUUCUCGUACAAUAGGCGUAAUCUGUGACGUAAAUCAAAACACAAGUGUUCAUUGAAGAUUAGGAGGCAACAGAGUUGGUAGAAUUUCUUUGAAUUACCAUGAAUUUUAAGUAUUCUCACGAUAAGUAUAAGUAAAAACAUAUGUAAUGUUAUCGUAUUUACUCGUAGAAGCCUGUUACUUAAUUUGUUAUCCAUUUUUAAUACGAACACAUGGCAACGAGAAGGAUAUAAAUGAGUUCGAACAAAUUAAAUUACUACAUUGUAAAAAACAGUUCGAGGUGAUCGAAGCUCGAGCUCUAAGAUGUUCCAAGCAGCAUUUUUGGCUGUUAUCGUGGCGAUCGCCGCAACCGGUGUCCAGGCUGACAAGAGGAUCGUUUGCUACUUUGGUAGCUGGGCAGUCUACAGUCCUGGACUAGGAAAUUUCCAGAUUUCUGACAUCAACCCCCAUCUGUGUACUCAUAUGAUCUACUCUUUUACUGGUACCAAUACCAACGGUGACGUUCUUGUAAGCGAUCCAUGGGCUGAUCUACCAGACGAUGGUGGCAUGAACGGCUAUGGAAAGUUUACCGAGCUCCGUCGGUCGAGUCCAGGCACCAAGGCGAUGAUCUCCUCCGGUGGUUGGGACGAGGGAUCCUACAAAUAUUCACAGAUCGUCAGUAAUCCUAGCACGCGGGCUCGAUUUGUCCAAAACGUGGUUAACUUUCUGAAAAGGUUCAACUUCGAUGGGUUCGAUCUCGACUGGGAAUAUCCCAACCAACGCGGAGGGCAGCCUUCGGACAAGGAGAACUAUGUGGCCUUGCUCAGAGAACUCAGAGAAGAAUUCGACAAAUACGGUUAUAUCCUCAGCGUGGCAGUGGCUGCCGGCGAAGAUUCCGCUUCCCAAUCCUACCUUGUCUGGCAAGUCUCGCAAUACGUUCACUUCAUCAAUCUCAUGACGUAUGAUUUCAAUGGAUCCUGGAGCAACUACGCGGGCCUAAACGCUCCAAUGUACGCCAGCUCUGGAAGCCAAGAUCCGUUGAACAACGUAAAUGCAGCGGUUCUUUAUUGGCUGCAGCAUGGCGCGCCAGGUGAUAAAAUCAACCUUGGCAUUCCCGCGUAUGGUAGAUCCUUCACUCUGGCAGAUCCUAAUAACAACGGAGUAGGGGCCCCGACCACUGGCCCCGGAGCUGCUGGACCUUACACGGAAGGUGCAGGUUUGCUAGGUUACAAUGAAAUUUGCGAGAAUCUAAACCAAGGUGGCUGGACCGUUAUCCGUGAUCCACAACAACGCGUGCCAUAUGCGUUCAAAAGCAACCAAUGGGUUGGAUAUGAUGAUCCUAUAUCUGUCGCAGAGAAAGCCAACUACAUUAACUCUAUGCUGCUUGGCGGUGCCAUGGUGUGGAGCAUCGAUACCGAUGAUUUCCGUGGUACCUGUGGUUCGCGAUACCCUCUUUUGACUGCCUUGAACAACGUCUUGAGAGGCGGCGCAUCAGCCUUUGAAUCGGCUUCUCCAGCACCAACAAAGUUAACUCGAAAAUUGCCACGCUCAGUUUCGUCGUCGAAAUCUAUCUGCGAAAGCGAAGGAUACGUGGCUAAUCCGCAAAACUGUAAAACGUUCUACUAUUGCCAGAAGAUUUACGGCACACUUUAUCGACAAUUCACGUUCAUCUGUCCCGAGGAGCUUGUUUUUGACAAAUCAAAAAACAUGUGCAAUUACAAGUAUAUGGUCGAAGCUUGCUGA